AUGCCACCUCAAUUCACCUUCAACACCUCCUCGACCCCCAUCCUGCUACUCAAAACCAAAUCCUCCCCGACAGACAGCUACGAAGAAUACUUCUCCGCACACAGCUACACCCCCACCUUCAUCCCAGUCCUCGAACACAACUUCCACACCCCGAACCUAACCAUCGUGAAACAGCUCUUCCAGGCCGUUGAAGGAUUCGCGACGAUCCUCGACGAUAUCGACGAAUCAACCAAACACUCCUCCUCCCAAUCCCUAAUCCUGUACACCGUUGGCCCCGCCACGUCCCGAUCCCUAGCCUCCAUCCGAGACGACCACCUCCCCCACUCAACAAUCCUCGGCUCGGAGACAGGAAACGGUGAGAACCUCGCGCACUUCAUCCUCUCCCAUUACAACUCGCUGUAUGACGCGCAAGAUGGCCCGAAGCCGCCUUUGUUGUUCCUUGUCGGGGAGCAGCGGAGGGAUAUCAUUCCCAAGACGUUGAUGGCGGGGUCGCUGUCGCCGGAGCAGCGGAUUGGGGUGGAUGAGUUGGUGGUCUACGAGACGGGCGUUAUGGAGGGGUUUGAGGAGACUUUUGCGGAAGCGGUUCGUGCUUCGGAGGAGUUUUUGGGGGGUGGGGGGGAGAGGGCCGUCUGGGUGGUUGUGUUUUCGCCGACGGGGUGUGAUGCUAUGGUGCGGGUGUUGAGGGGGCUUGGGGAUGGGGAGAGGAGGGUAUUUGUUGCUACGAUUGGGCCUACGACGAGGGAUCAUUUGAAGAAUAAGUAUGGGUUUGAGGCGCAUGUUUGUGCCGAGAAACCGAGUCAGGAGGGAGUAGGCAUGGGCAUUGAGGAAUUCAUGAAGAUCUGGAGGAAGAAUAGGGCCGGGCAAUAG